CCUGUUUUGGUCAUUUGAACCUUUCAUUUCUUUAGUUGCCUGUAAGACAAAAUUGAGGGUGGUAACCGGUCGGGACCCUGAUGGGCUGGAUGACAUUGCGGAAGGGCUAUUCCUGUAUCCUGACCCCUCCCCUUCACAACAGCACACUGGGAGUCAGGAAAAGCUUCUUCAUCAACAAGACCGGAGUCAACAGGCGGAUCAGAAACCAGCCGAGGUCCGACACCCCGCCGCGCAGAUGGCCCAGGCGAAUAUCUCGGUCACGGAGAGCCAGUUCAGGUGUCCCGUGUGCCUGGACAUCCUUAAGGACCCGGUGUCCACCCCCUGCGGACACACCUACUGCAUGUCGUGCAUCAACAACUACUGGGACCAGGCGGAUUCGGGCCAGUUCAGCUGCCCCCAGUGCCGGGAGACGUUCAGCCCUCGGCCGGUGCUGCGGAGGAACACGGUGCUCGCCGAGGUCGUCGACAAGCUCAAGCUGAGCGAAACGCUCACGGCGCCCGAGCUUUACCUCGGGGGAGUCGGGGACGUGCCGUGCGACUUCUGCCCGGUGGAGAGCAAGCUGAGGGCGGUCAAGUCGUGCCUGGUUUGCCUGGCGUCCUUCUGCGAGCUCCACGUCCUGCCGCACCGGGAGGUCGGCACGCUGCGGCGGCACAAGCUGGUGGCCGCGGUGGAGUGUCUGGCGGAGCGGCUGUGCGCGCAGCACCGCCUGGGUCUGGAGCCCGCGGGGGGCGGCUCCGAGGCGGAGGCCACGGUGGAGUGGAGCGGGGACUGCCUGCUGUGCGAGGCGGACCAGGAGGAAGUGCACAACGUGGACGCGCAGAGAGCCAGGAGACAGCUCCAGCUCCAGGAGUCUCAGAGGAUGAUUCAGGAGAGGACGCGCAGUGGAGAGAGAGAGCUGGAGGAGCUUCAGCAGAGCCUGGAGUCCCUCAAGGUGUCGGCGUCGGCCGUUUUGGAGGACAGUGAAGCUCUGUUUGCAGACAUGGCGCUGCGCCUGGAGAAAACCAAGGCAGAGGUUCGAGCGAGGCUGGAGGCGAAGGAGCGGGCGGUGGUCGGGAGGGCCGCCCGAGACAUAGAGAUGCUGGAGAAAGACCUGGAGGAGCUGAGGAGGAGGGACGAGGAGAUCAGUCAGCUCCUGCAAACCGAGGACAACGCCCAUUUCUUACAGGCGGCUCCUCUGCUAUGCGUCCCUCUCACCACCGGUCGGCACUCCAGAGCCCUCAGCCUGCCCACAGAGGCCUUCAGCGGCGCCAGGAGAGCGCUGUGCCACCUCCGCAGCCACAUGGAAGAGGUCUGCAGGGAGGAGGUGGACAAGAUUAGCCGCGCAGUUAAUGAGAAUUACGUGUCUGGCGGAGAGUGUGUAAAAGGUGGCAGAAAUCUCAGUGCAGGGAACUUCAAACCGCAGCAAAUACAACCAACAGUAUCUGCAGGGCAGCUUGGGGCGGUGCCGGUGUCGUUCCCUCUGUCCUCUUUGUCCCUGCAGCCGGCUGAUCAGAGGAUGAGGGCAGUUUUCCUCAGGUUUUCAUGUCGUCUGUCCUUGGACCCCGACACAGCCCACCCGACUCUGGUUCUCCUUGAGGGGCCUCAGGGUGCCCACUGUGGCGAAGAGCCCCAAUCCUACCCCCCUCACCCGCAGCGCUUUGAUUCAGUGGCCCAGGUCCUGUGCAGGGAGGGCCAGUUUGGUGGUGCCAGCUACUGGGAGGUGGAGUGGAGGGGUGGAGGAUGGGUCGACAUCGGUGUCACCUACCGAGGUAUCGGACGUAAAGGUGGCGGAAAGCCCUGCCUGCUCGGGCGCAACGAGAACUCCUGGCGGCUGAGGUGCACACACGCUGGAUACGCCGCCUGGCACGACAACCGCAAGACCACGGUGGCUGCGCCGCCCUGCCCCAGAAUCGGCGUGUUCCUGGAACGGCAGAAGGGAGCGUUGUCCUUCUACAGCGUGUCGGACACGGUGGUGCUCCUGCACACCUUCCGCUGCCCGUUCUCACAGCCGCUGUACCCGGCCUUCCGCCUGGACCUGGACUCCACCCUGCUCAUCUGCCCCCAGGAGGGAGGCAACGGAAACCCGACCUGAUCUCGCCCCCUCCUCAGCCAGGACCCUUCGUUUAGAUACUGCAGGAAAGGGCUGCUCACUUAAAAACUGAAGCAUCACAGUCAGGAACUCUUUUCUCUCCCUCUGUGAGCGUCUCUCCCUCUCGAUGAAAACAUUCUUCUUCUUAAGCAUUUUUCAAACAAAUCUAUUUGAUUGUAAAUACCUGUUUGGAUCACUGUCACGCUGAGCUGUAAAGCACAGUGUUGCUGUUGAACUGUCCCAGUAAGCCAUGACAGUGUGACAGCACCAGGACACUGAGGCGGAAACAGCCAUCAUUCAUUUUCUUAUUUCCACCUGUGCUCUUCCUGCUGUGACCCGUCAACAUGUCUGCUUUGAAACAGGCACAUUUAACAGAGAUUUUCGAGGCAAAGAAGUGCUGUGAUGGAUGGAAACAUCUGAAAACCGUCCGCUCUUUUAUGCUUGGAAAUCUUAUUAUUAUUAUUUUUUAAUAUGCCAAUCAACAAGAAAAGUAUGAAUGGGACGAUAUUUUUUUGCCUGAAUCAAUUGAUACAAAGGUACUAAAAAGUAUUCACCCCGAUUUGUGUUCAAAAUUGUUUUCAUUGUACUAAAAAAAAGUACAUUUGUGGCAUUUUUUUGUACAUUGUUUAAGUAUAAGAGGGUGGAUUUUUCUUAUUUGACUCCCUGACAGGCUGAACAUUUAGUACCUGCGACUACUUGAAUAUCCACAGCAAGAGAUUUUUCUGUAUCAACCUCACUGCCAUGUGACAUGAGAAACCUCAUUCAGAUUUUCGUAAUAAAAAUGUUACCUGCAACAGUGACCUCAGCUUCAGAUUUAGAGGCAUUAAAGGCCAUAUUGUAGCAAAUGUUUUUUUGAGGCUGUUUGAGGUCAUGUGGGUGAGUUUUUGUGUCUUCAGAUUAGAAUGCCAUGAAUUAAAGGAAUAGUUUGCUGGCAGCCGGUUAGCUUAUUUUAGCUGAAAGACAGGAAACAGCAUGAACCAGCUCCAGUCUCUGUGCUGUGCUAAGCUAAGCUAAGCUAAGCAGCAAGAAAGCAAAGCCCAAAUGUCAAACUGUUCGUUAGGCUACAGUCACAGCGUGGGUCUUCAUUCUCAAUUUCAAAUUUCUGUCUUUUCCAUAUCAUCAUAUCAUAAUAUCUGUACGUGACUCAUAUUCAGUAACAAUAUAUGAUUACAUAAUUUAAAGUGAUGUUUUAAAGGACGCAAAUACACACCAUCAUUUCCAUGAUUACCUCCACAAUAUAUGCUAACGCUGUGUGAGGCCAUGCAAGCCACCACAACCUGGCAAUAACUUGGCGACCUGUGGUGAAUGAGUUCAAGUAUGCUUACUGUCAUGGCAACCCCGGUUAGACAUGUUUUAUCAGAGAGAAACAUGCUUUGCAUGCUUCCCAUCUUAUUAUUAUCUUAUAUCCAAUCAUAUUUAAUCAACUCUGGUCUCGUUAUUACUUCAUAUCCACUCAGUCAAGGUCAAGAUUUGAAAAAACGUGACACGCAAUCUUAAUCUGAUCAUGUGGAUGAGAGAACGUCAGAUGGGUGUUAAAUAAGAGGAAGCAUAUCUGAACGAGGUUUAACUAAGACUGCCACUGUAGAGACAGUUCGAUUGUAGCAUUAGAAGGACGAAGGAUCUGCUCGAUCGUAACGCGAUUUGAGAUGCGGGUGACCCCUCCUCCCAUCUGAAUGGACGCCAUAAUGUCGCCACAGGUUUUCUUGUUUUCCUAUGCCUCGUUGAAGUUUUGCUUUUGAAUGGUGCUAUUCCAGAGGAUCGUGAUCACAUGACCAGGCACUGUGUGAGGCCUUUAAACCAGUCACCUGUUUUAAUUCCAAAGACACAACAAAAUCACACAAGUAAAGAGAAUUGAAUCCAUAACGUGAAAAUUUUUCAAGGGCAUGUUCAAAAGUAGUCUAAAAGCAGACAAAUAAGAGCUUCAUUAGAAGGAUAGUAAGAAAAUGUAUUACACAUAUCACUAACCUAAACCUAACAGGUAUUACAUCGUUGCUACACAAUACGUUGGAAGUUACAAUUCCACACAAGCAUCUCUGGAAAUGAUAUUUCUGAAUUUGCCAACCCGAUCGUUUCUUAUCAGUCCAAAGUAAGACACGUUUUUGCCAUGAAGUGCAUUAUUCCACAAGCUGUAACAUGAGAUGGACUGUCCAUGCCGCUCUGUAAACUUAAUCUUGUAGCAUUUUUCUCCACCUGUUUACUCACUGCACUGCAAUUACUGUUCUUUCAUGUGACUGUAAAAUAUGCUGUAAUUUCUCUGGGUGUUGCUUUUUUCCAAGUUGAGUUCAUUCCGCCUUGGCUCACAAUAAACUGGCCCGUGGAGGUUUGA